UCGGCAUCCACACGCUAGUACCACACGGAUCACUAGCCAUGAAAGUUAGGCAAUGCGUGCUAAGUGCACUGCUUGUGGUGAUUCAAGUGCAAUCGAUCUUCACCCAAAACUGCGUCAGUGGUCCUCCAGAUUAUAUGUGUCCGGGUGUACCAACAUCACUGGAGGUGUAUCUUCAGCAUGAAACAUUCUGCAAUCGGUUCUACAAGUGCAUCGAUGGGAAGGCUAUUGAAGGACGCUGCCCGACCGGAGCGUAUUUCAAUGCGAAGGAAAACCUUUGCUGUCCCGACGAAACUCUCUGCUAUCGGUCGAAUCCCUGCGUUCAAUCGAUCGCUGGCUGCCAGUCCUGUGCCAAAGUGUUUGUAAAUACCGGCCUAUCACCACAGGAUUUCUACGUGUGCAACUGUGACGGUACCGGUGAAGCACGUCGGUGCUCGUGGGGAGUUGACUCAGUUACUAAGGCUAAUCUGACGCUUAGAUUCAUCAAUGGGCGGUGUGAGAAUCCUGAUGCCACGCUGUCGGCAGCCAAGGGACAAGGAGGGGACGGGAACGGAGAUGGAGACGGUGACGGAGAUGGUUCGGAUGGAGAUGAUCAUACACUUUCCCCGGAAGAUCUGCUUAAACAAAUUCAGGACUUGAUCAAUCAAGUGUUGGGUCAGCAAGGGAACGGAAAUGGAAAUGGGAAUGGAAAUGGAAACGGCAACGGUAACGGAAAUGGUAACGGAAAUGGUAAUGGAAAUGGUAAUGGAAAUGGUAAUGGAAAUGGUAAUGGAAAUGGUAACGGAAAUGGUGACGGAAAUGGUGACGGAGACGGAGACGGAGAUGAUGGCGAUGAAGGGUUGGUGCAAGGUCUUCUAGACACCCUAUUAGGAAGCAAGAAAACGACCACAAAAGCUACAACAACUCCACCCACAACAACAGCACCAGCGACUACGCCAACUACUGAAGCAACGACAACAGAUUCUACGGUUACAACAACCACCGUAACGACGACGGCAGCGACAACUACGGCGGAAGCUACUACCGAACCAGCUACGACAGCUGAACCACCGCUUUCCUCGUCCGUAUCAACGCCACCGGGCGCAGGGUAAUCAACGAGAAUCUGUCAAAUGGACAAGCAGCAUAAAUGAAAGAAAUAUUAAAUAGUACUGUUGAAAAUAAGGAAUUCAAUUUACUGCGCGUCCAUCUUAUAAUCAACUAUGAAAAAGCAAAUUAUUGACAAACCAAAAUUUAUAGAAGAUCUUCAGUAUUACUAUCCAACUAAUGGAAGACCAGCAAAAAAAUAAACCCACAGCAGAAAUAUCCGAUUCCUGGCCUUAAAUGUUUUGUAUAAAACCA